AUGACAGCUCUAAGGAUUUCUUCUACUUUGUCGCGCAAAGCGCUCACUGCCUGUCGACCUCGACUUUUCCUAGGAGUCCGCGUCAGUGUGCGCCCCUCGCAACCAUUCAGUACUAGUACCAGCACUCGAUACUCCAUAACCGCACCAUUACAAUCUCUAGCACCUAAAAUCGAGCGCGGUGGCCCAAAACUCUUCAAAGAUGCUGAUGCUGCUGUCGCCGAUAUCAAGAGCGGAUCAACAAUCCUUAGCUCUGGGUUCGGUCUUUGCGGAGUUGCAGAAACCCUCAUUAAUGCUAUGCACCGCCGAGGCGCUGAUCAAUUGCACUCCCUGACUGCUGUUUCGAAUAAUGCCGGCGCGCCGGGCAAGGGAGGCCUUUCAACACUCUCGCAGAACGGCCAGAUCAACCGUCUGAUCCUUUCAUACCUCGGGAAUAAUAAGGCACUGGAGAAGAAAUAUUUGACGGGGAAUAUUGCUAUUGAACUUUGUCCGCAAGGUACUUUGGCUGAACGUCUCCGUGCUGGGGGUGCUGGCAUUCCGGCUUUCUUUACCCCAACAGGAGUCCACACCUUUAUUCAGGAGGGGAAGAUCCCCGUUCGCAUGGAUGAGUCUGGUAAAGUUCUGGAGUCUGGCAAGCCGCGAGAGACCCGGGACUUCAACGGCAAGACAUACCUGAUGGAAGAAGCCUUGACUGGAGAUGUAGCUAUCCUCAGAGCUUGGAAAGUGGAUGAGGCUGGUAACUGCGUGUUUAGAUAUACUACCAAGGCAUUUGGCCCUAUCAUGGCCAAGGCCGCAACUCUGACCAUUGUGGAGGCGGAGAAUAUUGUCCCAGUUGGGUCCAUCGAUCCCAAUGACGUGGACCUACCGGGUAUCUUUGUGGAUCGGAUCGUUCCUGCAACGGAUGAUAAACACAUUGAGAAUAGGAAGUUGCGCUCGGAGGCCACUGCAACUGGAUCUGCUAAAGACGUGGCUCAGAUUCAAAGAGAACUCAUUGGUCGUCGAGCUGCCAAAGAGCUUAAGCCGGGAUUCUAUGUGAAUCUGGGUGUUGGUAUUCCCACGUUGGCGCCUUCGUUCCUGCCAAAAGAUGUGAAGGUUUGGAUUCAGUCGGAGAAUGGCAUCUUAGGAAUGGGUGAUUAUCCAACUGAGCAAGAAUUGGAUCCUGAUAUCAUCAAUGCCGGAAAAGAGACAGUGACCUUGGUUCCUGGAGCUGCUACAUUCGACAGCACCGAGUCCUUUGGCAUGAUCCGCGGAGGUCAUGUAGAUGUGUCUAUUCUCGGCGCUCUGCAAGUAAGUGCCAACGGUGAUCUAGCAAACUAUAUGAUUCCCGGAAAGGUGUUCAAGGGUAUGGGAGGAGCAAUGGAUUUGAUCUCGAACCCGGACAAGACCAAAAUCGUGGUGGCCACGAACCACGUCGCCAAAGAUGGAUCGCCCAAGAUCGUGCAAAAGUGCAGUUUGCCAUUGACUGGUGCCAAUGUUGUUAGCACUAUCAUCACAGACCUGUGUGUCUUCCAGGUGAAUCGAGCUACUGGAGAGCUCACACUGACUGAGCUUGCUCCGGGGGUUGAGGUAGAAGAAGUGCGAACAAAGACUGAUGCCAAUGGUAUCCUCAAUCUCCUCACCGUUACAUCGCAAUACCUUGGUUAUGUCUUUCGAGAUCGCACGUUGGGUAUUUCCCUGGAGGAACGCCCAUCUAAACUUUCCGACUGGUUUACCCACGGUGUCCCCCCUGUACCCUGCCACUCCCACAACGACUACUGGCGCCGUGUUCCACUGAGCUCGGCACUUCGUGCAGGAUGCACCAGCGUCGGAGUCGACGUCUGGCCUUGGGGAAAUGAUAUUAUAGUCGGCCAUUCACGUCACACAGUCCUCCGGGGAACAUUUCAGAGCCUCUAUCUUGACCCGCUGCUGAGGAUACUCGACACACACAAUGCCCCUCCUUCUCGCAACUGGCCCAAAGAUAUGAGUCAGGAUAGGGUUGGGGUAUUUUCUAAUGACCCACAGCAGACUCUGGCCUUGAUUAUUGAUUUUAAAACAGACGGCGAGCAGCUCUGGCCUCUUCUUGUCGAGCAGCUAAGUCCGCUUCGUGAAAAGGGCUACCUGACUCACUUCAAUGGCUCUAAUGUUGUAUACGGCCCGAUUACUAUCGUUGCCGGUGGAGACGCGCCUUUUCACAAGAUCUUGGAGAACUCAACCUACCGUGACGUCUUCUAUGAUGCACCUCUUGGCAACUUGACAUUCCCCAUCGAAAUAACGGCUGACGACAACACGCUGGAUACUUCUUAUAACCCAUCCAACAGCUAUUAUGCAUCAGCAGACUUCCGCACAGCUAUUGGGUCUCUCUAUCUUAGUCGUCUGUCGGAUCCUCAGCUUGCUAUUCUUCGGAGUCAAGUACUCGCAGCUCAUGAGUUGGGAUUGAAGGCACGGUAUUGGGGAACCCCUACUUGGCCGGUCGGACUACGGAAUCAUGUUUGGAGCAUCCUUGUGAAGGAGGGCGUAGAUAUAAUAGAUGCAGAUGAUUUGCAUGGUGCAACUAAGCAGGACUGGAAAUCUCAACACUGGUGGAAUUGGUAG